GAACACAAAAACUGCUGGGGUGGCUACAUGCAUUACACAGCCUUUCGACGUCAUGAAAACACGAUUAAUGAACGCCCCACCUGGAAAAUACUCGGGUCUUAUGAGUUGUGGGAUGGACAUUGCUGUGACAGGACCGCUGGGAUUCUUCAAAGGCCUUGUUCCCGCAUUCAUACGUCUGGCUCCUCACACGGUCCUCACGUUUGUGUUUCUGGAGCAACUGAAGGCCCACUUUGGCUACAUCCCCACCCCGAAAUAGUUCACCUCGAGAAAAUCUGUCCAUCAUCCGGUUCCCCUUGUUCUUCUGGUGACAUUUGAUCCAUCAUUUGUAUUUAGGCUCUUCAUUAGGCAUCUUUUGAUUUUCUCGAGCUGCUCGCUCC